AUGGACAUUCAGUACAGAUACCGUGGGUAUUCUGAUCUCUCAUGCAGUAGACCCUACCGCAUAAAUGGUAAUCUGGAAGAUCUCACUCUCAGCAAUACAACCAUUCAAAGUGACAAAACAGCAAGAGCCCAGAUAGAGGUUAUACCAUGCAAAGUGUGUGGAGACAAAUCAUCAGGUGUGCAUUAUGGAGUGAUUACCUGCGAAGGAUGCAAAGGAUUUUUCAGGAGGAGUCAGUCAGGGCCAGUAAACUAUCAGUGUCCGAAAAAUAAAGGCUGUGUCAUCGACAGAGUGAAUAGGAACAGGUGCCAGUUUUGCAGGUUGCAGAAAUGCAUUGCUCUUGGAAUGUCCAGGGAUGCUGUCAAAUUUGGACGCAUGUCAAAGAAACAGAGAGAGCGUGUGGAAGAUGAGGCCAACUUCCACAAAAGAACCAAACUGAACGGCUUUCCUGAUAAUGGAAGCUUUGAGCAACAAAUCAAUAAUAAUUACAGUUAUGCUAACUACCAACCUGCACCACAUAACUACGCGUCUGCUAAUGGUUACUACAGCCCUCCAGAGUUGCCGCUGCCGCCAGGGUACGUCAUCCAGAACCCCAUGAAUGGAGAGGGGUCCUUCAUGCAGUCCACCCUCAUCCCACUGGUCAAGCCAGAAGACAUUGACCUCAGUCUUUUGGCUAAGGCAGUGAGUGAUGCCCAUGGCAGGACCUGUUUGUUCACCAAUGAACAGUUGGAGCAAAUGAGACAGCAUGCCUUGCCCCCUGAGCAACUGGAGGCAUACAAAAAUAUGAGCCGUGAGCAGCUAUGGAUGGAGAUAGCAGAAAAAGUUACUAUGGCAGUACAGCAGAUAAUUGAAUUUGCUAAGAUGAUACCUUGUUUUAUGGGGCUGUCGCAGGAUGAUCAGAUAAUGCUGCUGAAAGCAGGUCAGUUACCUUUCUAUAUCCUCACUGACAAAGAGUUUUUCAGAACUCAGAAUGUUAAUAAUUGAUAUCUGGCAUGCCUGAAUUUGUAACAUAGUUUUAUUCAAGUCUUAAGAUACCUGUAAAACAAAACAGAUAUGUCUUAAGGCAGUCUAUCAGUGUCAAUUUUAGCACCAAAUAUUACAGGUAAUUA